AUGUCCGAACUGUGGCUCGUGCAUUGAGAUGACGACGCAGUUUCGUAGUGUACGACGUUCGUCGAUAGGGUACGACGUCAGUUUGUUACAAGGUUCGACGGCUAGACGACUCGGUUGGCACAGAUGAGGAGAAUCUCGUCACAGGGAUUGACGACGCAGUUGCACAGUUUCGCAGUUUCUGUUGCCCAGGCCCCGUACGAGCUCCAGCAGCGCAGUCCGUAGACCAGCCAUGGCGCACCUCAGAGCUAGACCCAGCGAACGUGAAUAUAUGUACCAGAUUCGACCAGACAUCGGGGGUGGCGACUGCCGACGGCUGACGUCGAGGCGGCCAUUUCGAUUGCGGAGAGGCUUCGAUCAGGAAUGGACUUUCGACGGAAAAGGAACCCCUCGGCCCGAGGGUCGGAAUCAAAGUUUUUAUUUCGCGUCGGAACCGAGUCCAUGACGGAGCAGAGCCAGAGCCAGGCACGGAGGCUGCAGAUAAGGACAGGGGGGCGACGGGGGCAACUAGUUUACCACGACCGAACACGUUCGCGCUGCCAUGGGCUGACUGUCCUGCAGUCGCCGGUCAUGGCCCUUGCGGCUGACCGCUGCGCUACAGUCGGCGAUCGUCGUCAGGACAGGGCGGACUGCGUGGGGCGACUGCGGAUGUGGUAAGCGAGGCCAUGCGCGCAGCUGGAUUGAGGGGAGCGAGUGAGCGAGUGAGCGAAGGAGUGAGUGUGCGCUGUGGGAUUGCUGCUGCUGCUGCUGCGGCUACAUGCUCGACGAGCGUAAGGCGGUUGCCCGGCGGCCACGUCUCCCCACUUUCACGUCUCCUGUCUGCUGGCUCCGCCUGUGGGAGAGGAGUGGGCAAUGGAAAAUUGAUGAUUUGAUUCGGGAGGAGGAGCAGCAGGAACAGCAGCGUCCGCUGUCUCCAGAGUCCAGUCCUCGCACAACACCAGCGCCAGCCUCAGCGCUCGCUCGCUCUCCUCGCACUUCACGAUUGGCAGGCUUGCUUGCGCAGGCAGUAUUCUUGCCUUCAGCCUUCAGCCUUCAGCCUUCAGCCUGGCUGCCGGUUUGCGUGCUUUUCUUGCCGGAUGUGGCCCCGUCAGCAGAUCGCUUUCCGCAUUCAUUCAUCGAUCGUACAAGCGCGCUGCUAUUAGUGCUGCUCGGGCCUGCCUUGAAGCGCCUUGAAGCGCCUCCGCAAGCUGCCCUCGCCUGCCGCAACCCUUGGGAGAGUCCGGUCAGAGCUCAGCAUCCCCCCUCCCCCGUCCCCGCGGCACUGCGCGCUCUCCGGGUUUCUCGACCUGGCUCAUCUCACCUCACCUCUGCUGCGACAUUUAUCCAAGUUCUGAGCCCGGUUCAGAUUGCCAGAUUGCGAGCUGCUGCUGGCACUCGGAUCGGUGAUUGCUUGUCUGGAAACGGAGUUGCGCUCUGCCCCACGGAUGGGCGACUCUAGUCUGAGCCCUUAUAGAGCCUGUUGAGGCGCUGCAGAAGUGUAGCUGGGACGACGCGAUCUGGAGCUGGACAGAGGGCGGACGAGCGGACGAGCGGAGAGCAGCGGAGGAUUGUCGAGCACAGGGAAGCUGCCGGGCGAAUCAAGCUGGAGAGCAGAGUGCGAGCAAAGCUUGAGGAGUCCACGCCAUCUUCCGCUUCCUCUUCUUCUUCUGCCGCUGCCCCUCGCCGCCUUCUUGUUCCGACCUUCCCCUCGCAUCAUCCUCGUCCGGUCUCUCGUCUUUGUGGCAGCGUCCCGCUCAGCCGCAACGACCCAGUUCUGGUCUGUCGUCCGCAGCCAGUGCAAGUUACAUUGAAUUGCACUGAAGUGAUCUUGCCGCCGGCGCCUCGGCGGCGUGAAUGAGCGACUCUUUGUAAGGUGAGGCCAGUGAUCCGGGCCAGAAGCUGCGAGCGCUCCUCUUUCGACCUGGAGAAAUGCCGGAGGAGUUCUCACCAGAGUGCGUGACUGUCGCAGGGAACAAUUUGGGUGGCUGCUCGUGGACCCAGCUUCAAAUCCUGGUCGGUUCUGCUGUCCGGAGACUGGCAUGCGCUGCCCGUCCCGCAGCUUUGAGAUUGUAGGAAGCCGCUCGUCCCCGUGAACCGGCAGGACAGUCUAGCUAAUGACGAAAAUUUGUCUGCGAAUUUAGACGACAGCGUUUUCGUAGUCGGCCCCUAGAAGCGCGAAGGGAAAAGUGUCUGUGGCCGGAAAAAUCGAAGCUUAUCGAUCAUGCGUACGAGAGGAGCAAAUUAUCCCUCUGCAUCCGAUGGAAUUACUUUCAGUAUUCGACCUCCCAUGCCGAAGAGGCGACGACCAGCAGCAAAUAAGGAUAAGGAGGAAGUGUGUGAACGGCCGCGCAAGGUCUCGCGAACCAAGAGGUUUUCCAGUGUUUUCGAUUUACUUUCCGACGAUAUCGUCCUCGAUAUCAUGGUUCGGCUCGGCGCUACCGCGAAGUCUCCAGCUGAUGUCGUGCACACAAUGCUGACGUGCCGCAGGUUCUGUGCUCUCGUCACCCACAAUCUGGUCUUGGCCAGCGCUGCGCCGGCUGCCCUCGCCGUGAAGGCCAGCGGCUGGUCGGAUGGCGCACACAGAUACCUGAAGAGGUGUGCACAUGCGGGAAACGUCGAAGCUUCCUACACCAUGGGCAUGAUACGAUUCUACUGCAUGAAUAGCAAAGGACAAGGAGCUUCGCUAAUGGCGAAAGCAGCCAUGCAAUCGCACGCCCCUGCGCUGCACUCGCUGGCCGUAAUCCAGUUCAAUGGCAGCGGAGGAACGCGGAAGGACAAGGAUUUGAAGGCCGGGGUCGCGCUGUGCGCGCGAGCCGCAACUCUAGGUCACGUGGACGCGAUGAGAGAGCUCGGCCAUUGCUUACAGGACGGGUAUGGAGUUCCCAUGAACAUUCCGGAAGGUAGGCGGCUCUUGCUGGAAGCCAAUGCACGCGAGGCCGCGGCCGCAGUCGCGGCCUCGCCUCGAUGUUUUAUGGAAAGCGCGUUGCAAGCUGCAGCUGGGAGCGGCGGAGUGGGAUGUCUUCACAACCACAUCGUGUAUCAGAGCGCUCUUCAAAGCACCAAGGGAGACGGCGCAACCCGGAGCGCUGCGGGGCAACCUGCGGUCUAUCCUGCAGUCCAUCCUGCGGUGAAUGAUUAUUUGGAACGCAAUUCGGUCUACAGGCUUCUUCAAGGCGGAGGCUGUUCUCUGUUGAGCGAUUUCGGCUGCAAUGUUCCUCCUGCGAAAUUGCACAUAGCUAAUAGAUUUUUGGUUGACUGGUUUAACUUGUACCCGCCGGAGGCCGGCUUGCGCCUGUGCUCUCACUCCAAUUGCGGACGUCCCGAGACGAGAAGACACGAGUUCAGGCGAUGUUCAGCUUGUGGGUCGGUGAAUUACUGCUCUCGCGCAUGUCAGGCUCUGGAUUGGAAGAUUCGGCAUAAGUACGAUUGCUCGCCGGUGGCCGACUGGGAAGAACGCGAGGAUGCGGAAGAGGAGCAGGAGGAUCCUGAGCAUGCCGCCGAGGAGGACAAUGAUGACUCUUGAACACGAAUAAGUGGAUUGUCAUUUCUGACCCGUGGCCUCAUUUUGAUCCUGGAAGGCCCCGACCAAUUAGAUCUCGAUUCACAGGAUUCAAACUUAUCACUUGGCUGAAAAUGUCCCUCCUUACAUUUGUCGACAUCAACCAACAAGGUACGGGCCUUGAUUUUCAUGCGGUCGUCUCGCGACGACGAGGAAGUAUAAAUCCCCGACGCGUCCAAUUUUUUCGUCUCUGGGGAGAAGUGGACGAUCGGUGUCGAGAAGAAACCAGCGCUCGCUGGCCCUCGUUGACAGACUAGGCCUCCUAUUGGCCCGAGAAGGUGUCAAUGGGUCUGAAGGUGCUCGAUUUGACAGUUUUGAGAGUUCCUGUACAAAAGGCGUGUCAAGGGGGCCAAGUUGCUGGCUCGGCCUGCCAAGUGAUGAGGUAGAAGAGAAGCGGAGGCGGGCCGACCGAAGCGGGGCUGCACAAUUUCCACAGGCUCUGCUCUUAGUCUUCGUUGAGAAUCUUGGAUAGUAGGAGACUUGGAAGCACGUAGAAGGUGUGGUUUCUUCUAAGAUCCACGGUACUUAGCCAUCGAAUCGAGUUGGUGUGAGCUUUUAAUGUUGGCCGGAAGUGUGCCUACAGUACCCGAAUCUGUGUCAUGAGCUCUGAUGAUGGAAGUUUAUUGGCUGAGAAGGAUCAACAGUAUCUUCCUCAAUCAGGCUUGUCUGUUCAUUGACACUUGCGUGCAAGGUGCGCUGCCGCAGCAAGCUGCAGGCGCGUGCCGGCAUCACUAGUGAGGGUCCAUUAAUCCCUCAUUUUGUAAUUUACUAGUCUGACUUGAAUAUCCAGAAAUCCGAGUUCCGGCAAAGCAAUUCACUGUG